ACGACUACUUUUGUCGAAAACGAGGAAAUACGCUUCCUGCACCCAUUUUGUAUAUCAGUUAACAGUGAUAUCAUUGAUUCAUCGAGUCAUGCAAGUGGAAACAAUGCGAUACCCAAAAACAUCAGGAAGAAUGUUGGUCGAAAAUGACCUUUUCUUACCGUUCUUCCAAGAGGAGCGCUGUACUUCAUAUGAUGAGAUCGAUUUGGACAACGCAAAAUCCUUCUCUCAAGAUUUGUUCAAUAGUGAAGCCAGCGUCAUGAUCCGCGAUAUUGCCAAGCAUUCGACGUUUAUCCAGGGAAUGGCUGAAGGAACACUUGAUCCAGAAAUCUAUGCUGGACAUCUGGUUCAAGAUGCGGCCUAUUGCUUUAAUGCAGUCAAAACUCUUGACAGGGCAGCAGAAUCAUGUCAAUCAAAUGGAGCCCCUGAGUUCGCCUCGCUAUUCAGAUCCUACUCAAAGAAAUUCAAGACCUACAACCAAGAUUUUGUCAAGAAAUGGAAGCUCAACAGCCAGAGCGUAGAAAUGGGUCCAGCAGCCGCGAUUUCCGUGGGUUUUGAGACAUGUUUAAGCCGUGAAGACCCAAGGUUUCUCCCCAUUGCUAUGUUGCCGAGUCAAAUGCUUUGGUCUUGGAUUGCUGGUGAGCUGAUUGGGUCAGUUAAUGAAGACAACCCAUAUUAUCACUGUUUCCAUGACAACAAACCCGAUCCAUCUGGCAAGAAGAGCACAGUGGAAAUGUUUGUUGAUUCCUUUUUCAAGACUCUGGAUGAAGYAGAAAAAGAGAAAGCUCUGAUGAUUUUCUUGGARAGUAUGGUGAAUGAGGUGAACUWUUUUCGCGAUGCUUGUGGUGAAAUGCUCGAAUUAGUCCACUGAGUAAUACCAAAAACAUACCCGACUCCAAAUUUAUCAGCCAAUAACAUAACAAAAGUGCUUUUUUCGCUGAAUAAAAUCAUGUUUAAUAUAAUAAAACUGAUUAAUAUGGUAUAAUAUAUCAAUACCAUUAAUUUGAUAUGAUAAUAUGGUUUUCAAAUGAUAUUUUUGUAUAUACAAUACUCAUAGCGCUGGUUUGAUUAUUGGUUCGAUGUCUCUUUGCCAUUUAAAAUAUUGCUAAAUGGAGUCGAGUUAGAAAUGAUUACUAUACUUUUAUAACCUACUUUACUUGUAUUAUAUGUAUACAACAUUUGUCCAAUUUUUAUAAGUUAAUUA